AUGACAGAGGAGUGGGAUUUAGAGCUCACCUCCCCCUCUGAAAACACUAGAAAUACAUCCACAAGUGGAAUGAUUGACACAGAACACCUCCUGAAUGCUGACAGAAGACAUCAGACUUCCAAAAAUGCAAUAAAACCCCCGAAUAGGCAAGGACACAGAUUACAAGAGGUCUGGGGGCAGGUGAAAGCACCUGCCUCCAUUGUGAGCUCCAGAGUCACCUACAAGACACCAAAAAAUAUAACAGGAGAUUCAGAAAUUCUUCUUUUGAGAUUUUCAGAGAAACCAGAACUGCAGCCCCUCAUAUUUGGGGUUUUCUUCUCCAUGUACCUGAUCACUGUGUUUGGAAACCUGCUCAUCAUCCUGGCUAUCAGCUCAGACUCCCACCUCCACACACCUAUGUACUUCUUCCUCUCCAACCUGUCCUUUGUAGAUAUCUGUUUCACUUCCACCACCAUCCCAAAGAUGCUGCAGAACAUCUGGACACUGAGCAAGGUAAUAACCUAUGAAGGCUGCAUCAUCCAGGUGUAUUUUUUCAUGCUAUUUGCGGGGUUGGACAACUUCCUCAUGACUGUGAUGGCCUAUGACCGCUUUGUGGCCAUUUGCCACCCCCUCCACUACACGGUCAUCAUGAACCCCCAACUCUGUGCAAUUCUGGUUCUGGUUAGCUGGAUCAUCAGUGUCCUGCAUUCCUCGUUACAAACCUUAAUGACCUUAAGGCUAUCCUUCUGUACAGAGGUAGAAAUCCCUCACUAUUACUGUGAACUCAAGUUGUUGAUCCAACUUGCCUGUUCUGACAACUUUCUUAAUGACAUGGUGAAGUUUUUUGCAGCUGCUCUGCUAGGUGCUGGUCCCUUUGUUGGUAUCUUUUAUUCAUACUCUAAGAUAGUUUCUGCAAUACAUAGAAUUUCAUCAGCUCAGAGGAAGUAUAAAGCAUUUUCCACCUGUGCAUCACACCUCUCAGUUGUCUCCUUAUUUUAUUUUACAGGCUUAGGUGUAUACCUUAGCUCUGCAGCUACUCAUAGUGCACACUCAAGUGCAAUUACCUCAGUGAUGUACACUGUGGUCACACCCAUGCUGAACCCCUUCAUCUACAGCCUGAGAAAUAAAGACAUAAAGAGGGUUCUGAAGGUAUUUUUUAGAAUGGCAUCUAGAAAAGGUCAUUUGUUUUCAGCUGAGAAGGUCACAUGA